AUGAAACGAAAGCUGUCGUCGUCUGAUGCUGACAACCUCAUCUGGCAGGUCGACGAACACCCGCCGGCCGACGAGGCACAGAUCGGAGAACAUCGCGGUCCGUGCGCCAUCGACUACGACUCACACACAUACGAGGUACCCGCUCGCCCGUUCCUUCCACUAUCUACCACCUUACCGUCCUUGCUCUCCAAGUAUAGGCCUCCGCGACCCCGCCUCGCGACUAUUAGGCUCGACCGAACCCCGCCAUCCGUGCACCGACGCUCCAUUCCCGACCCAGCGAUGGCACAUACUAUCGAAACUCAUCCCUUCUCUUACGCGCCCGCAACGAGGACAUUAUCUGACAAAAUGACACAACCUAACUUGCUUGAUCCACAAAAACGAUUGGUAAGGCACCGACUGUUCCGAGAGCACUGUGUUUGCGUUUAUGGCAACUACAUCAAGGAUCUUUCCAUCCUUGGACGAGAUCUUUCUCGAACUAUUAUCAUCGAUAAUGCUCCACAGUCGUUCGCUUACCAAAUCGACCGACACAUGAAAUUCCCCAUCGAAAGCGGCUCUCCAUACGAAAUGAUACGGAUACUUCUGAAUCCCUCUCCCCCAUCCCCGCAAGCCUCUCCUACGAGCGCCUCCAACAUUCUCUUUGCAAUCGCUUCUAACUAUUUUGUAAUGGUAGCCAUUAACUCUUAUGCUGUGGUUCAUCCAAGGAUGCUGAUGUUAGCCAAUGUACCACCGCUUACCGAUGAAAUGAGGUUUCGCUGCCCUGCACUGCCAUUGCGAACACGAUCCACUCCUGAAUUCACACUUGUUUUGGAUUUGGAUGAAACUCUUGUUCACUGCAGUCUUAGUCCACUUGUUGACGCCUCCAUGGUUUUCCCUGUGAACUUUCAGAACAACACAUACGAGGUAUACGUGCGAUUGCGACCGCAUCUGCACACUUUCCUUGAGAGGUUGUCAGCCAACUAUGAAAUCAUCCUUUUCACGGCAAGCAAGAGAAUUUAUGCUGACAAACUGUUGAACUUGCUUGAUCCACAAAAACGAUUGGUAAGGCACCGACUGUUCCGAGAGCACUGUGUUUGCGUUUAUGGCAACUACAUCAAGGAUCUUUCCAUCCUUGGACGAGAUCUUUCUCGAACUAUUAUCAUCGAUAAUGCUCCACAGUCGUUCGCUUACCAAAUCGACAACGGAAUUCCCAUCGAAAGCUGGUUCCAUGAGAAAGAUGAUACGGAGCUUCUGAAGCUGCUGCCAUUCCUGGAAAGCCUUCCGAAAGAGAAACGCGAUGUACGUGAAAUUCUACGAGAGAAAUACCGAAUUAGGGAGAUGCUACCUCCCCCCUCAUAUCUGACAGUACCAUCAGAACCGCUGUGUUCCGGUUGGAUUGUCAACAGGAAAUGUAAAUAUUAUAUAGUUAUAGUCGAUACAGAAGUCCAGUGGUAUUCCAAAGUGAGUUCCUUAUUCGAAAAUUUGGCAUUUAAUGAUCAGCUGUACUCAUUUGUGAAAUGA